AGCAUACUGGAAUAAUAUUACUCUUACCGCGCGAAACUACCUAUCACAAUAUGGCGCCCGCACCGACGUAUAGCUUGUAACCGGAGAUGUAGGGGCUUUUACUUUGAAGAGCGAUUACCGGAAACGCCUUUGUGUUUCAGAGCAUGUGAUUGUGUGCGGAGCAUGCAGUUGAUUGUCAAUGCUUAAGCGGCUCAGCAGUGGUUCUGUCGGUCUGUGUGGGUACAGUCAGGCUUUAAACAACUUUUUUCAUUGGCAGCAAAGCUGUUUUCUACAUUUGCUAUAAUGUAUCGAGCGGUAGCAGCUUCUUAGCUUACCCGUUUAACAGCCCGUAAGCACACAUAUUAACCCAGCUGGUGAGUAAUGGUAGCUACAUUUCAAACGCACACGAGAGGCUAGCUAAUAAAUUUCCUGACUCCUUUAAAAAAAAAGAGACCUAAAAUGCGAAACGCUGUCUUAAAGAAGUCUGUUUAUACUGGCUGGUUAAUUAAUAACACACCUUUUAGUUGACUAGCCUCCUAGACAAGGUCAAACAUUUAAAAAUAGCUACCAAUAGCUAACCAAUCUGUGUGACACUAAAGCAGAGCUUUGAUUUGUUUAUUAGCUUCUAUCCUUCAGUUUAAAAUCCUCCCAGCGUGUUUUGGAGGAAGUCGUCAUUUCUGACAGUCCAGGAACGGAUGACAUUUAAAUAGUUUGAUAUAAGUAGGCGGCGUCGGUGUGCCUGUCUGCCUGUUUGACAGGUUCGCCGCUAAGCACAACCGAACGGGACGUGAUUUUCUGGUAAUUUUUUCCCCCCUCCCUCCUUGUUGUUCAAGUUACGUCGAUUUUUCUCCGGCCACCUCAGGAUGCUGGCAACAACCUGGGUGGGGCUGACGCGGACCACACAGACCAGGAGCAGAUCUCAGGGAUAAGCCAAACCGAGCCGGAUCGCUACUGCUCUACUUUUUCCUCUCCCCCCCCCUCAUCCCCCCCGCUUUUCGUUUCUUUGAAAGCACAGCGGGCGGCUUUCAAAAGGGUGAAAGCAGUCACCCAAUCAGCCAUGACCAAGUCCGAGUCGAAGAGAAGCGGCGUGUCCGCCGGCAAGUGCGCCAGCGCCGCAUCCGCCGCCGAGCAGGUCAACAACGGCUCGUUUGAUGUGGGCUUCCCGGAGCCGAGCCCCGCAGCCAAAGCCAAGGUGCUGAAGCAGACGUCCAAGGAGAGCCUCCACCGGAGGAUCGCAGAGUGCGAGGUGUACGACGACGGGACCAACACCUUUUUCUGGCGAGCCCACACCCUGACGGUGCUGUUCAUUCUGACCUGUGCCCUGGUCUACGUCACGCUGCUGGAAGAGACGCCUCACGACACGGCCUACAACACUAAAAGGGGCAUUGUGGCCAGCAUCCUGGUCUUCCUCUGUUUUGGGGUAACACAGGCCAAAGAUGGACCCUUCACCCGACCCCAUCCAGCUUACUGGCGGUUCUGGCUCUGCGUUAGUGUCGUCUAUGAACUCUUCCUCAUCUUCAUCCUCUUUCAGACUGUGCACGAUGGGCGACAGUUCAUGAAGUACAUCGACCCUAAACUAGGGGUCGCUCUGCCUGAGCGCGACUAUGGAGGAAACUGCCUCAUCUACGACCCGGGCAACGCCACGGAUCCUUUUCACAACCUCUGGGAUAAGAUGGAUGGCUUCGUUCCAGCUCACUUCCUGGGGUGGUACAUAAAGACGCUGAUGAUUCGGGAUUGGUGGAUGUGUAUGAUGAUCAGUGUGAUGUUCGAGUUCCUGGAAUACAGCCUGGAGCAUCAGCUACCAAACUUCUCAGAGUGCUGGUGGGACCAUUGGAUCAUGGAUGUGUUGGUGUGCAACGGUUUGGGGAUCUACUGCGGCAUGAAGACGCUGGCCUGGCUGUCCAUGAAGCCGUACCAGUGGCAGGGCCUCUGGAACAUUCCUACGUACAAGGGGAAGAUAAAGCGCAUAGCAUUCCAGUUCACACCGUACAGCUGGGCCAAGUUCGAGUGGAGGCCGGCUUCGGACCUUCGGCGCUGGCUCGCCGUGUUGGGGAUUAUCUUCAUGUUCCUGCUGGCGGAGCUGAACACCUUCUACCUGAAGUUUGUGCUCUGGAUGCCUCCUGAACACUACCUGGUGCUGCUGCGCCUCGUCUUCUUCGUCAACGUGGGCGGCGUGGCCAUGAGGGAGAUCUACGACUUCAUGGACGACCCGAAGUUCCACAAGAAGCUGGGCCAGCAGGCGUGGCUGGUGUCGGCCAUAACGGUGACGGAGUUCCUCAUCGUAGUCAAGUACGACCCCCACACCCUCAUGUUGCCCAUCCCCUUCUCCGUCAUGCAGUGCUGGUUCUUGGGCAUCUUCCUCAUCCUCAUCUGGACCCUGUGGAGGUUCUUCAUCCGUGACAUUACGCUCCGUUACAAAGAGACGCGCCGGCGCAAACAGGAAGCGCCUGUGGACUGGGACCGCCAGCUGGGGAACGGCAGCCCGGGGGCGGCGGGAGCGGCGGGUUUGGCAUCGUCGGGCCGCAGCAAACUGAACGGCAGCUCCGACUCGCUGCGACAGAGGAAGUCCUGAGAGGAACUGAGGGGGAAGUUUGUGCAAUGACACGCGUAGAGGCAACCAGGUGGACUUACUCUUGUGCCUACAGCAACAACUCAAAGGGGUGGGGGGGGGGUUGCCAUGGUAACAGAAAGUUUAGUUGCUGAAAGGUGUAGUCAGUCACACUACAAGAAGUUACCUCAUUCUGCUUCUUUUUUUCUUUUUUAAACAUUGGUGGAGCUACGCUCUGUAAAAGUUUUUGUUCCCGUCUCGAAUGUUCAGGGCUGACGGACUGAAUGCACUCUUUGAAUCCGAUCAGUUUCCAUUUUUACUGCAGACGAAACGCCGCGAGCGUCUGCAACAUUCCCUCCUCUGUAAAUAUUCCCGUUUUCCGUCGCGAAGGUAAGAGACGUUGCCGACUUCCUGUCGGCCACUGCUAUGCAAUCGGAGAAUCUGGGAUUUAUUCAUACAUUUAACAAUCACAAAGUGGAAGUCAGAGUCAUUUUUGACGGUUUAAAGCUGGUCCCAAGUACACAAGACGAUGUUUAUAUGCUGUUUAGGUAGGCUUUUUAUUAUUAUUAUUAUAGUUAUUAAUAAGAUUUUAGGUCGGUUUCCAGGAUGUACGAGACUUUCAAAUGGGUUUACAAAGUAAACUGAAAAUGUUAACUUUGAGUUAAAGAAAAAUCUUCAUGUUGUCUUCUAAUUAUUUGCCUGGUGAUGUAAUCGUUUGGGGAGGAGGGAUGUGCGGUGGGGUGGUUGAUUUUUAUCUCUGGCUUGUGCUGGAGUUUCGUUAAAAUUGUUGAAAAUCAGGUUGUUGGUGCAGGGGGAAAAAAAUAGAAAAACAAAAAUCAAGUUGUCAAAAAUACCGUCUUUUUGUGACAAGAUUAGCUAAAUCUUUUAAAUUUCACAAACUUGAUAUAAGCUUAUUUUUCUCUGCCUGAAUAAGGUUUCUUUGCCGCCUCGUUGUCCAGUAAAAGUACUCUCAGCCUUUUUAAGCAUCUCCGUUUGGGGUCAAGAGAAAAUAUUUCAGGAUUAGAACCGAAAACCAAAGCUAGGAAUCUAAAGCUGGGAUUAUUUAAGACGUGUAUGUUCCAAACCUGUAGACUCUGGGUUCAUUUAGAAAAAAUGGUUUUUAAAACUGCUUUAUGUCAUUUGUGAUCGCUCUGCAAAAAAGCUAAAAGGAAAGAAACUGUUACCAAAACUUAGUGUUUUUUUUUUAUGUGCUCCUUUGUGACAAAGAUGCUGACAAAAGUCGACGCCGCCUGUGAAUCACGGCUUCUGUCCUUCCUGCUGUGGGAUCUAGCGCGUCGAGACACUUGUAGUAGAGUUUGUGUAAGUAAUCGAUUCAAAAGCAGGAGAAUUUAGAAAACUGACUUCAUUUUUGCCAAACACUAGACAGAAACAUGCCAUUUCUUGUCUUUAAUGAAUACACUGAUUUCUGUGCAGUUAUUUCUCAACAUAUAUUCUAUUUAUCUGAUGCAUUACAAUUAAUUUUUUCAUCCCAUCCUUGAAAGUUCCUCCCCCCAACCCCCAGAUGGUAUUUUGUCAUUUAAUUGAUUUAAAUAUUUUAUCGUAUUAAAUGAAAGUCUCCAAAUUACACUUGAAAAGUGAAAAUAAAAAAAUCAGAACAGGAAAUUGAAUAAGCAUUACCUAAACAAGAUUGUUUUCCAUGUGGUUGUUUGCGGGGUUGGUUAGCAUCUCUUUCUGCCACACGGGGGCGCUAGAUGUCGUCGUUUGAGCUCCGUGCAGCCAUGUUUCAAUGUACUUUGAGUAAAUGUGAACAUGUUAGGGAUUAUUAACAGGAUUAUGCUGCUGCUCAAUGUAAUUUUAUAAAGUUUUUUUUUAAUAAAAUCAAUAAAAACUGAA